AUGUGUAGUAUCUGUUACCAGUGUUACCGCGGCGAGGUGCGAAGGGAGGAAUGCCAGCUCAAGAAGGAUGCCGUAAAGAACCAGCUUUGCGAGGAACUUGAUUCGUACUAUGACGACUACAACGGGGACGACGAGAAGAAGCAGAUGAGCGAGGAGCUUGAGUCGUACUAUAACGACUACAACGGGGACGACGAGUACGACACGCGUUCGCAGUCGCAUUCGGAACAGAACUACCGACAAGCUCCCGCGACGGCAAAUGAGAAGAAUCCUGUACGCGACCUCUCAAUUUCGGAGCACAAGGCAGCAUUGAAGGAGCUUGAAGUCCACGAAGCUGAAAAGGAGCGCCGGCAAGUAAAGUAUGAGCAAUCAUAUCACGCAGAGAUUGUAUUUGGUGUGCCCUACCCAGAGUACCUGGCAGCAUUUCAGGAGCUUGAAGUUCACGAGGCUGAAAAGGAGCGCCAGCAAGCAGAGUAUGAGACAAACGACCAACAAACAAAAAGUGAUCAGGUCCUCUGA